AUGGGCUUGGGUGUACUUGAGGACCGAUCAGGGCUACCCAACGUCCCUGGAACUGUUGCGCUGGCCGAUGUUGACCAGCAAUCUAUUGACAAUACUGCAAUACUCAAACGAGGCAAGGGGCGUGACGAAAACAUAUUUCUCAUCCCGCAACCGUCGGAUGACCCCAACGACCCUCUGAAUUGGCCUUGGCGGAAAAAAUCAUAA